AUGGUCGGAUCCGAUACUAUAUAUCGGCGCAUUCGUCGUCGUGUUCAACAAACGCAGUCUCCAACUCUUGCUGCAAUCGAAGAUUCCGGUUUGUCGCAUUUACAUCCGAUUAUACCACCUUUACUGGAACUUCUCCAACAUCACCAACAUCCGUAUAUGCCACAACCUGCAUAUCCACAUUCCACUGUCUAUUCAUUGAAGCUUCCCAGGUUAUUAUGGCACGGUCGGUUCCGGCCGUCAUUUCCCGGCUGUUUCCUGCAAACUUCGACCUGGAAACGGUCAGGAACUGAUCGGAUAUUUCCUGUGCAAUUCCGGCCGGAAUCCGGCUGCAAGGAACCUGCCGGAACUUGCUGGAAUCGGCGAAAACUGUGUCGGAAUCGAGAAGAGCUGUGCCGAAACCAGCUCAGAUUUCAACGGAUCCAGUCGCCAGAAUGA